AUGGCUGGAGAGUCCGGGCACAGCCUCGCGGGGCACCGGUCCAGAACCGGGGAUCCAGCGGGAGUCACCGCACCCCCACCUGCAGCCAGUUCCGCUCCAGAGCCCUCCGCGCAGCCUGCAGCCGCCCCUGCGCAGCCACUGGCGGCCCGACAGGGAACGGGAUCCAGAUCCCCACCCGUCUCGGGACCUCCAGCCGGCGCUCGCCCGACCUCCAAGGCUGGACCCGCGGCAGGAACCCCGCGCGCGCCCGCAUUCUCAGCCGUCCGGGGGAAUAGCCAGUCCGUGCCCCGCAACUCGGACGCGCAGUGGACUCGCUUCAUAUUCCGAGGGCCCUUUGGUCCCCGGGCCACUGGCCUGGGGACUGAAAAGGCGGCGGGCAUCUGGAAGACGCCGGCCGCCUAUAUCGGACGGCAGCCUGGGGUGUCGGGCCAGCGCGCCGCCUUUAUUCGGGAGCUGGAGGAAGAGCUGUGUCCCCACCGACCCCCGCCAGUCAAGAUCACCCAAGAAGAUGUCAAAGUGAUGUUAAAUUUGCUAGAGGAGCUUCUCCCACCUGUCUGGGGGACCUCAUAAAACAGGAAAUAUUCCCCAUGGAUGGGGGGUCCUCUGCAGAGAGAGUGGGUCCUAAAUACAGCGGCUUGCAUUGGCCGGUCUCUGGUGAGAUGGAACAGUGUUCUGAUGGAGGAGAACAGCAAACUGGAAGCCGUGCUCGGCUCAGCCAGGGAGGAGGUAGCCAAUUUUACGCCUCGACACCAGGUGAGCUUGCGAGAUGACCUCCUUCAGCUCUACUCUGACUCUGAGGAGGAGCAGGAGGAGGAGGAAGAAGAGGAGGAAGAGGAAGAGCACAGCAUGAUCAUUCCUAUGGAGCCCCUGAGUCGUGAGUGUCCUGCCUUGUCACCUGGGCAGCCCCUUCUCCGUACCUCAGUUUCCCUGUUUGCAAACAGGAACGCUGACGGUGUAUCUGCUGGCAGGAUCGCUGAGGCUGAUGGAGAGCACCACGCUGAGCCCGGGUGGGCAGACCCUGGGUGGCCUGGGACCUGGGUCCCGCACCCCUUGAACCCUGACUCCCAUCGCUGUCACCCCUAGGACUUCUCAGCGACAGGGUCGCUGCCCUACUGCCCUCAGCGGGCAGCCCCGCAGGAGGAGGAGAAUGAGCAGCUGAAAGAGGAGGCCUCUCAACUCGACACCCUCGAGGAGGAGGAGCAGAUGCUCAUCCUGGACUGUGUGGAGCGGUUUUCUGAGGCCAGCCAGCAGAUGGCUGAGCUGUCAGAGGUGCUGGCGCUCAGGAUGGAGAACCAGGACCAGCAGCAGAGGGAAGUCACCCAGCUGCAGGCCUGGGUCCCGAAGCGGCAGCAACGCUGCCGGUCGUAUGGGGCUGAGACCGAGAAGCAGCAGCAGCUGGCUUCGGAGAAAGUCAUCCAGAUGCAGCUCCAGGAUGAGGAGACCCUUCCUGGUUUUCGGGACACCCUGGCUGGGGAGCCCAGGAGGUCUGUAAGGAGGAUUAUCUCAGACCAGGUGUUUUUUUAUGGAAAGAAUCCUGGAACGACUGAGGAGGAGGGCAUGUCACAGCUGAGGAGGAGGACAUGUCACAGCUGGGGCUCCCUGAGGGAGCAGGACCGGGGGUUCGAGGCUAAGAAGGGGUUGCCGACAGCAGAGGAUUUUGUGGCGGAAGAUUGUGUGUCUGAGGAGGAGCUGGGGACCACAGAAGAGGUGGCGUCAGCUGAGGAGGGGGCGACAGAAGAGGCAGAACUGGUGUCUGAGGAGGCUGAGGCCUGGGAGGAGGUGGAGCCGGAGCUGGAUGAGGCAAUGCAGAGGACCAUGGUGACCUCAGCCUUGCAGGCCAGCGGCUUGGGACCCUCUCAUCUAAACAUGAAACGUGUCCUCCAGCAGCUGGCUAACUGGCGGCAGGCACGGUAUGGUCGGCAGCUGAGGCAGAAGAUGCUCCAGAAAGGUGAGUGCUCCCGCAGGGGCCGCCCUCCAGCCAGCCUGAAGAGCUACAGAUCAGCAAUGAAAGGCUUUGCUCUUUCCCAGCAGCCUGCAGAAGCCUGAGGCCCCUCCCUCAGCUGCCUGGCCAAGUCCCACCUACCCCAGACCCUCCUUCCCAUCCUCCCAAACAGGACCCCCUCUGUCUGUCACCAGCCUGCCUUCUGUCCUGAUGAACCUGGGCUGGGGCUUGAGGACCCAAGCCUCGACCCUUUGCAGAGAUAGGGGGCCCUCGUUCUGCUGCUGGUGCAAAAGCUAGUUCAGGUGCCGGAACAUUCCAGAUGUUCUGCCCUUUCCCACUCUACAUCUAAACAGCUGGAGUGUUUCUGCCCCCACUUCAGUCUGGCCCUGUUCCCUGCUGUGCUGCUCACUCUCCUGUUGCAUGUCAGGCUGUGCACCUGCUGGUGCAGGAAAUAAAGGACC